UUUCAGAAAUCUUGACCUACACCAAAAGUGGGCAUUUCCCUAACAACAGGAGAAGUUUGGUUUUAUAGGCGUGUAUAUUCGUUUGGCGUUAGAGAAAAUUCUCCUUGUCUUUUUUAAAGAAACUGAACAAGAGACAAAAACUUUACCUUCGAUUUUCUCAAAACAUCUUUUUUUUCGGGAUAGUCCCUUAUGUUUAUAAGCGACCAUAUCGUGUAAAGCGCUUAGGCUUGCUCUUGAGCGAGGGUAUGUGCUAUACAAAUGCUAUCUAUUAUUUUUAUUAUUAUUGUCUUAGACAGGUGGUCUUCGUGGAUGGUGACAUUUUAAUGUUAAAAAAUAACCGGGAAGGAGGAGGUGGAGAGUGAUUGUUUGCACGGGAGGCGAUUGUCUUGGAAAGUUCGUUUUUAGAGCAGGUGCGACUGCGCCCAAAGAUAGCGUGAAUUAAAAACCUCGACAAGACGUCUGUGAGUCAAGCAAUAGGCAGCACCCUAGUUAAAACAGACGCCGCUGUGUGACCUUUUCACCCUGGUUGAAAAGUUGACAUGAUUGUGUGUGGUUGGUCAAAGCGUCUGGGAAUGUUUCCGUGACAAAAGUCUCCGAGUUCUUGCAUUGUCUGCGCCAAGGAAUCAACGUCACCAUGGAUAUGUCGAGCCAACCCGUCGUUGAGAUAUCUCCUCUGUUCUGCUCUCAACGACUCACCCUGGCUAUGAUGGUGUUUUUGGGCAACUGUGUGUCGUACUUCGCGCGGGUCAACAUGUCCGUGGCCAUCUUGUGUAUGGUACGCAGUGACGUCACUGUGCUGAACGGCUCUCUCAGCAACGUGACAAAUGUGGCGUCACACACAGUGGACAGUUGUGGGGGGCCUGACCAGGCGCUGACGGCUGACCUUCUACGGGAUGACACGGGCGAGUUCUCUUGGGAUAAAGGGACACAGUCCAAGCUUCUUGCCAUGUACUUUUACGGCUACAUCUUCACGCAGGUUCCAGCAAACGCGGCUCUACUCCCAGCCCCUGUUUCCUCUCAGUAA